AUGAGGUCGUACCUGGACUCGGGCAAAUGGAGGACAUUCAUGGACAUCCACUGCGACGACCGCCACGAGGGCCGAGUCUUCUUCCUCAUGUUCAACCGUUCCCGCCGAGCCAUCAACUUCGUCCGCCUCUGCACGGGUCAGAACGCUCCCGGCUAUCGGGGUCUGAGGCUUCACGACGGGUAUAGAGACGUGCCCGGGGUAGCGAGGUCGUUUCCCCUCGUUAAAGGAGGCGUCGAACUGGACAACAAGAGAGCCGUCCGCCCCAACACCGAGUUCAACAACUUUGACGAGGACAUCGAGAACAGGAACAUAUACGACAGAGCCGUUCAUCCUGGUCUGGUCACCGGAUCUAUGACACAUGAACAUGGCAAAGAGGCUCGGUUCUAUGUCAACCUCUACUGUAAGACUGACAUUGACACGAGUAGUUUCGGUAAAGUGACAAAUGGCCUCAGUAUUCUGAGGCAAUACUUUCAUACCAUUACUAAGGAGAACGCACAGCCAAUCAUAGGAGACUGUGGGAUUAUGGUGCCUCUAUCGUGA